AUGAAGGUCGAGACUUGCAGUUUCUCUGGGUACAAGAUCUACCCGGGCAAGGUCAGUCGCGAUCGUCUCAUGACUCGCUUUGUAGCGUCUGCUGACCCACCCACUUUGCGUUCAAUCCCACAGGGUAAGCUCUACAUCCGAUCCGACUCCAAGGUCUACCGGUGAGUUGUUGGGUGCACGUUGUUGAGUUGGACUCGUACUCACACAAUCCGCUUUCCAACUCGUUCAGAUUCGUCACGUCCAAGGAGGAGUCUUUGUUCCUGCAACGCAAGAACCCGCGCAAGAUCGCGUGGACCGUCGUCUACCGUCGCGUCAACAAGAAGGGUGUCACCGAGGAGGUCGCCAAGAAGCGCUCGCGCAAGAACGUCAAGCACCAGCGAGGCAUCGUCGGCGCCGACCUUUCGUCGAUCCUCGCCAAGAGGAACCAAAAGCCCGAGGUCAGGACCGCUCAGAGGUGCGUUACAAAGAUACUCUCUUGAAUGCACUCUAUUUGGGGUGGCAGAGUCACUGAUGUUCGUUGUGCGUUCGUGCGAAUGUGUAUGAUCAGGGAGGCUGCUCUCCAAGCUGGCAAGGACAAGAAGAAGGAUAAGAAGGCUCUCAAGGUGAGCUCGCACAAGCAGGCCGAACGGGUCAAAAUAUGCUUGGCUGAUCUCGCUCGAAUUCAUAUUCGGUGUUGCAGUCCACCCCUGGAGCCAAGCCCGUCGCCGCCAAGCAAACACGCGCAAAGUCCGCCCCCCGAACCGGUGGUCUCCGUUAA